AUGGUCCGUCUCAAAAACCGCUACCUCCUCCUAGACAUCCUCUACCCAGACUCAACGACAUGGCCCACCACAACAGUCUCCAGCGGACCACAGGCGGCACAAUUAGCCAUCCACGCACCGACCUCUGACGCGUUGACGCCCGGGUUACUCGCUAAGAUGAUCCGCGAGGAAGUCGGGGAGAUGUAUGGGGAUUGGGGGGUUGGGAAAUUGGGUGGAGCUUCUGCGAUGGGUGUUCAAGUCAAAUAUCUUUCACCGGCUACAUCGACGGCUAUAAUCCGCUGUCCCCGUGCGGCAUUCCGGCUUGUCUGGUCUGCGCUGACGUAUAUGUCUCAUGUCCCCGCCGUGACGGAACCCGGUGCUGGUGUUGGUCAGAGGAGGCCGAAUGGAGGGAGGGAGAGACCUUGUGUUUUCCGGGUGUUGAGAGUGUCAGGGACGAUGCGGAAGGCGGAGGAGGAGGCUAUUCGGCGGGCCAGGCGGGAGAUCGUACGUGUGAGGGGUGUGGAGGAGAAGGGGGUGCUGGGGGAUUUGAUUUCUGGGGCUGAGAGGGGGAUGUCGGUGGGCGGGAGUAGGACUGUUGUGACCGGUAUUAUGGAUGAGAGUGAGGAUGAUGGGAUGUUUGAUGAUGAUGAUGAUUGA